AUGGCGGGCGUCGCAACCGCUGCCUAUGCUGCAGAUACGCUACCGUCGCCUGGCGGCGUAGACGCUUCGCAAUGGGAUUUCGCAGUGCCGCUUGGAAACGAGGCCGGAUUUGCUCGGGACUGGACUGGUCGCAUGCAAAUGAAGAGGAAGAAAAAAAACCAGGUGAAAAAUGCUGAUCCCUUUCCCCCGCAGGAGAACCAACCCCCCUCAAGACCACGCCACUCGAACGACUCAAAUUUGAUCCGCGCGAAAUCUAACCGCAAGCGUCAUUCCAACGGUUCACGUAGUUCUUCCGUCUCUCGAAACGUUCAUUCACACGAAUCGCCCUAUCUGAAUUCUGGCCGGGGACGGAGGGAUCACAGUGUCGGCCGACGUGGGAGCGAAGUUGGCAGCAUGCGAGAUGCCUCUGGCUAUGAUGGGUCCAGUCGGAAAGACAGCGAGGAGGCUAAGGAUGGGCUGAAAUUAUAUUUGGAAGGCGAAAUGAGCCAGGAGAAGUGGAUCCACCGCGACAAGCUGGCCAAGAUUGAGAGCGAAGAACUUCACCAGGCAGCGAUUCUUUUCCAGCGUCGUAUGAGAGGAGAGAGCAAAUCGAGCGGGGGACGAGGAAGGAGCCAUGAUUCUCAACAGAGUACUCCUUACGGGACUGGUACGGCGACGUCGCCCGCCGCGGAAUUCUCUGAGCCCUGGCCUGAAAUGCGAGGAGAACCCGGCAAGCGUGGUGUGAACAACUAUGUAGAUGUCGAUGAGCGGAGGCACUGGGAUCUUCGUCGCCCAGAGGAGAUUGCGGCCGACGAUGCUGCUGUUAGCAUCUACAGUAACCCUAGCCUGGGGAAGAGCGCAUCCCGGAUACCCGUUUCGACAGCUAGUCCUGUGCCUAUCCCUGGUAUGGGCCGUGAUUCUCGUGGACCUCGCAGCCGUGCAGCAACAGAUGAAGACGAUCGCUCUUCGCGGGGACGGAGAGCUAGCGAACCUAUUAAUAUUGAUCAGGAUGGUUCGACUACAUCCCCCGGAAGUCGACCGGGCAGCCGUGGCUUCGGCACCAACCCCAAUACUGCAGGCAAGAAGAAUCCAAGGGCUGCUUCCGGAUCUACCAACCGAAAGACCUCUGCUCCGCCCACGAACAGAAAGACGAGCACCGCUCGAUCUCGUGCAGUGUCGAACAACACUUCACAGCGACCUACAACCCGGGGAAAUGAAAGUCGGCCAACAACUGCCGCCAACCGCCCCGAGGGAGAUCCGCCAUGGUUAGCAACCAUGUAUAAGCCCGAUCCUCGCCUUCCACCUGAGCAGCAAAUGCUUCCAACCCUCGCCAAAAAGAUGCAGCAGGAACAAUGGGAGAAAGAAGGUCGGACACCCAAUACAUACGACCGCAACUUUGCGCCUCUCGCAGUUCAUCCAUUCGACGCGCCUCCUGUUCCUCCUAAGAGCGAAACAGAACCGCAACCAGAACCGGAACAGCAGCCCACCGAAAACCUUCAGCUGGAGGAGUUUACUCAACCGCCCAAGAGUCCUGAACCCCUGCGACCAAACACCAGUAUGGGAUACAGCACCAUGCCAAAGGUGCAGGAUACACCCCCAAUGGGACUGAUACCCAACCCCAACCCCAAUUGGAACCCACCGGUUGUCACCGCACGCGAGCAACCGAAGAAAGAGAAGAGCUGCGGAUGCUGCAUUGUGAUGUGA